GAGAUCAGGGUAGACUCUAUGGGAAACGACUCUGUUUCUCUGAGCUGGGGCAGUCCUGUCGGUAUGGAUGGGCUUCAGUACAGCUUCAACAUCACCUACUCCAGCUCCUUCUGGGGUCACAAUGGCUCCACCAACGCACCCUCCAACUCCACUGUCAUCUCUAACCUGAGACCUGGAAGCGAGUAUGUCUUCAAUAUCACUACUGUACAGGCCAGUGGGGGCUGGAGCAAACCGGCUUCAUUAUCUCUCUACACCAAACCAUCCCAACCUGGAGAGAUCAGGGUAGACUCUGUGGGAAACGACUCUGUUUCUCUGAGCUGGGGCAGUCCUGUCGGUAUGGACGGGCUCCAGUACAGCUUCAGCAUCACCUACUCCAGCUCCUUCUGGGGUCACAGUGGCUCCACCAACGCACCCUCCAACUCCACUGUCAUCUCUAACCUGAGACCUGGAAGCGAGUAUGUCUUCAAUAUCACUACUGUACAGGCCAGUGGGGGCUGGAGCACACCGGCUUCAAUAUCUCUCUACACCAAACCCAAUGAGAAGCGCUUGUACCUGAAAUUCAUCUGCAGUUCUAUAGAACUGUUUUCAUGCGAAAAAGAGAAGAAGAUAGUUCAACAAGAGAUUGAAGCCAGGCUGGCAGAGCAGCUGAAGGGAAUGUACUGGAAACUGAACUGGAAAGAGAAGGAGGCGAAAGAAUGCAGUGAUGAUAACUAGAGAGAGAUGUUUCCAAGUUUAACAAACAAGGUCAUAAACACGAGGUCAUAAAAAAGGGUAUAAAGAAAAAUGGGUAAAUAGAUUGAGGUGUUUAUUUAUUGAUUUAUUUCAUGUUAUUCAAUAAUCAGAAUCAAACUCUGGCAUUGUUUGUGGCUGUAGAACCUUAGUUGCCUGUGGAGUACUCCCUGAUUCCAUAGAAAUUCCCAUCCCAACCCUUUUGUAACUGGAUGAAGCUCUUGAAAGAUCGCUGUGAGAGGACUGGCUCUCUACCCAGUAGGCACACAAAAAGAGUCAGAGGUUCCAAUCAACCCUGCGUCAGCAGACGUUAGUGUUUAAAAAAGUGAAAUAAAGAAAGUAGCAACAAUUAAACAAAGCAAACUGAAAUGUACUAAGCAGUGACCUAUACCUCAACGCAGUUUACCCUUUAAAAAAUGCUCACAUACAUUAAGUGUUUCUUCAUUAUAGUUACAUAGUCAAUACAUGUAUACUUACAUAUAAUUACACUGGUGCUAGGAUUGAGCAACUCCAUGUUUUUGUUUGCUUUAUAGAGAGGCCGCAUAGUAUAUAGGAGACUUGGUCCCACUAAACUACCUAGCGGGCAAUUAUUUUAUUAGCUUUCAAUUUCUCUUGAGAUAAUACCAGUGCUUCUCCCUGCCACAACACUUUGUCAUUUCUUUGGAAUCAGGAAGCUGUUAAAAAGAGCCAGGAACUGUGAUUCUACAGGCUUGGGUAAUGCCAGGUAGUUUCGGCUAUAUAUAAAAAACAAAACAAAACAAAAAAAACGAUUUCAAAUUCAAAAUUGGACAAAUAAAACUCCAAACUGUACAGAACAGUUGAAAUAUAUAUUUGAAAAAAUUUGCUAAAGCCCGUGGAGAUUUUAAUGAAUAGAAUAGAUAACAACAACAUAAAAAUUAUUUUGGGGUAUGCAUUUCUAAAACUCUUUAAUAAGUGGUAACACUUUACAUCAAAGAGUAAGAAGUAGUGGGGUUCCAAAAAGUAAUGUCAUACACCUACACGUGCUACUACAACUGUUUAAAUAACGUACCUGUAACUUUUCUUUUCAUUGUUAACAUCCUGACAACUUUUUACCCUUAUAAGGCCAGGAUUAUUGCUUACGUUGUCAAACAGGUAACACAGCAAUAAAGAUCCACAAUGGAAAAGUAGAGCAUUUGUUUUCUUUUUACUUGCUCUUCCUGCAAUGAUUUAAACGUACAGAUCUCAAACCCCGGGG